GACAGCCCCGACGGGACGGGACGGGGGUCCCGGUAGUGCCCACCAGCAGGUGUCACCACCCCCAGCAGCUCCCGGUCCGGGGGUCACCAGCCCCGUCACCCGCGGCCCCCGCUGCCCUCGGGGGUCUCAGCCCGCACAUGCCAGCGUGGGGCGAGCCAGGGGCCCGUGCGACCAGCCGUCGGGCUCAUCCCUCAUGCCGGGGAAGCUGAGGCGCAGCGCCCGGGGGGUGCUGGGGGAGAAGCAGUGGCAGAGCCUGGAGGAGACGGGAAGCGCCCGGCUGGGGCAACCCAAGCUCUCCAGAUCCAGGACUUAUGACUCCCCCUGCAAGGACACGGGGCUGGCGGCCACAGGCGGGGAGGGACCCCCAUCCCCCGCGCUGAGCAAACGGGACAGCAGCUACCGCCGGGCCUUCGGGGAGCUCGCCGGCAGGGACGCGCUGCUGGGCUGCUUCCCGUGCGCCUGGCAGAGAGAGGUGCCCUACCACGGCCGCCUCUACGUGUCCUCCCGACACGUCUGCUUCCACUCCAGCCUCCUGCUCAAGGACAUCAAGGCCGUGGUCCCCGUCGCCUCCAUCUCAGCCCUCAAAAAGACCAACACGGCGCUGCUGGUGCCCAACGCGCUCAGCAUCCGCACGGCCCAGGGGGAGAAGUUCCUCUUCGUGUCGCUGCGCCAACGAGAGGCCACGUACCAGCUCCUGAGGUCUGUCUGCAAACAGCUGCAGGACAGCGGCCAGAGCCCUCGGGACUCGGUGAACAACGAGGAAACCCUUGAGAAGACUCCGACCUCGAGCCAGUCGGACCUGGAGCAGAGCACCCCAGAGCCCAACAGCCUCCACGAAUCCCUGGAUGAACAAAGCCCAAGGCCAAGGGAAGCAGAGGAGGAGGAUGACAAGGCGGCCCUGCUGACUCCCAGCAGCAGCGAAUGGGUGCCCUUGGCAGGGACACGCAGCCUCUGGAGGGAACCCCACACCACACUCUGGGCCUGGGCUGCUGCACUCUGGUCCCGGAUGAACCCCCAGCUGAGCCUUCUCAACAUCAUCAUCACCAUCUACCUGCUGCUCAUGGUGGCCUUGCUGGUGUCCUCGGGGUACAUCGGGCUGCGCAUCAUGGAGCUGGAGCAGCAGUUGGCAUUGGCAGGGGCUCAGCCACACCCCAACCCACCACAGCAGUACAGGACAACGUGAGGCCAGUGAGGACCUGCCAUCACUGGUGCCCUGGACAGGGGGCGCAGGGGCUGCCCCAACCCCUUCCUCUGCCUCUCAGGGGGCUCCAUCAGCAAGUGCCUUCCAGCCCCCCACGGUGCCUGGGAAGCCCAGAGGGGGUGUGGGGCUCCAUCUCACUCCCCCUGUGUCUCCCACCCUGAGCAGCAGCAGGAGGGAACAAAGAGCAGCACAUGGGGAGGGGUUGGGGCCACCCCCUACCCAGCCCUCCCUGCCCGGCAGGGGCAGGCAGAGGGGCCUGGGCCCAGGCAAUGCAGGGGCAAAGAAAACAAACUAUUUUAUUAAUAAAAAUUAAUAAAACCUUUAUUAAUAUUUAUUAUCUGCUGGGCCAGAUGCCACAGGACAAGCAGCAACCAGUCCCCCCAGUCCCCUGCUCCCCAAAAUGGGCCAGGACGCAGCAGGACCAGGGGCUUGGGCUGGUGGGGGGAGGCAGCUCCAGGUGCUGAUGUCCUGGGGGUCCAGGGAGCAGCAGAAGACCCUGAGCAGCCCCCAGGUGCAGGUGACAACAGGGAACAGAGGGGAAGGGGGUGGUGUAGCAGGGAGCCCCAGGACCCUGCAGCCAACCAGGUCCCUGGCUCUUACCCUGCCCCAGGACAGGGCCCACCUGCCAGAGGAAGGGGCUGCAGGAGAUGCAGAGAUCCAGGCACAUGAUGGGGACAAUGGGGUCCCACAGGCACUGGAGGUGGGAGCAGAGCUGGGGGGCACAGCAGGAUCCACCCCAAGCCCUGAAGCUCAGUCCCAUUCUGGGCUGGAAGGAGCCUUGGGGCUUCCCCAACCCACCAAGGUGGGGAAAGCGAGGCACUGCCAGCUCCUUGUCCAUGCUGAGGGGCAUAAGGCAGGGAGGGGGGGGCUGUGCCUCUCCUUUUUCCCAGAAGCAGGAAAGCAAACAGGAGCAGGCAGCUGGGAGCAAUAAACCUCAGGUGAGAGCUAUACCGAGGAAUUGGUACCUGCAGAGCAGCUGUGGGACGGACCCCGGGGGGCCCAGGGACUCACUGCACCCCUCGCCACGGAGAAUCAAAGUGGAGCCACAGAGCCCAAUCCCAAUAAAUUCACAACCUCUUUAA